UAUAGAUAUUUUGCGCGGCCAACAAGCUCAAAUGUUUAUGAAGUGUUUACAUGCCCAAGCUGGAGCCCAGAAAUAGAUGUGGAUCUCACGAUAGAAACCAACGGGGGCCGUCGUCAAAUGAAAUCCAUCAAAUUACACCCGGGCAUCACAUCAGCCUCAGGGAACAUCUCCAUUACACCGUUGGCGAUAUCUCUUCCACCCAUGCCCUUACUCGGGUCAACAUUCGUCACUAACGGACAAGCCGUUUCAAUCGUCAAUCGACUACCUGUGGAUUUACACUGUGGAACCGAAGAAGCAGCUCGAUCUCUUAAUUGUUCACUCGACUUAGAAGCGUGCAAGGAAUGUUUCCCGAACCACAGUGACGGGACAGUGGAAUGUAAUUGCCGCGAUGUAGACUUGGAUGCGAUGAUGGAAAUUCCGGAAACUCGACUUCCAAUCACCAAGGCAAAAGUGUGGCUCGAGAAUAAUGGACCGACGAUUUCAGCGACUUACGUAUACGCACCUGUGCAAAUACAUCUCCAAAUGAAAGGGUUAGCCAUCCACCUUCAAUUACGCGACUCAAAGUGUUUUAUUGAGGAGGCUCGACUUCAUGGAUGUUAUCGUUGUGGAGUGGGGGCUCAGAUAACCUAUAAAUGCCGCUCCGACUAUGCAAAUCCCUUAGCUACUGUCAAGUGUGAAGAUGGUACUCUUUUCGUAGCUCAUUGCUCGACAAAUGGCACAAUUGGCAAAGAAACUAUCCCCUACGGCUAUUCGGACGUCAAUACUUUAUGCACCGUUGAUUGCCCUGCAGGAUUGACAAAAUUCGUCUUAAACGGCACUUUAUACUAUAUUCCUCUCAGAAAGCAAUGGGGACAUCAAAUGUACCGCUCAGAACAAAUCAUCAACGAACCGGAGACACUCAGCUUUUGGCCAAGUUUAGGAUUCGACAUUUGGGUACUAUCCAAACUUCUUCAAGGUGGACCAAUAUUUCUUGGCAUAAUAUCGUCAAUUGGACUUGCCUUAAUCGCCGUCUAUCUCUUUAUGCGCCUAUCGCCAAUAUUUCGAGUUUACCGACAAAUAGCUAGAACAAUCACCAUCCUAGCAACCUUGGCGCGAGUUCAAUCGUUAACGACAAUAAAGUACGCAUCCAUCGACAAACCCGAACCGUUUUCGUCAAACCCGAACCAAUUUGGAUGGAAUCUCCUUGGGAUUGUCCUUGUGUCGACCAGUAUUAUAAUUUUAACGCUUCGAUUUAUCUAUUUACUUACGCCAAAGCCCUUUCGGCCCUUCUAUCGACAAAAACGCCAAAAACAUCCUGCGCCGAUACUACCCGUCAUUCCAUUUAUAAUUAUUGCACUUUCAGUGUGGCCGGCCGGAUGUCCUUUCCAGGAAAAGAAAAAAUUCCAACGACUAACUAGGCCACCCACAUUUUGUACAAGUGAGCGACAAAACUAUGAUAUCACCCUAAUCACAGCAAAGAGAAAAAUUCCAAUCAACUAUCAGUAUGUUCAAUCAGAAUUCCAUCACUUUUACGAAAAUAAAUUUAAUUUCAACACGCCCACAUUUUUAAAUAUAAAUUCAACUGCAAAAUCAAUCAUUAUUAAUUCUUUUAAAAUUUUUAAUAAAAUGUUUACUGGAGGUUUUGGUACCCCGCGUCGAGCUAGAAUGAUACAGAGACAAUUUCGCACCCCCUCUCAGUCCCCACCUAAAAUAUCGCAAUUCAAUACCGAGCGUCUAGAUUUACACCUGGCUCGUAUAUAUGGAGAUAAUUGGUUCCAUACAAUCGAAACCAUCGACAAAAUUACUGAAUAUUUGAGAAAAAUGGAAAUCCAGGACACUCACAAUUGUACGACCAUCGUCGAAUGGGAUUAUAUCACUUAUCAGCCAGCGAAAAGUUUGGCGCCCCAUCAAAGAAGUGCACUUACCAGUAUUGCGUCAAAGCGGGGGAAUCAUUGGAACGUCAAAAUGUUCCCGACAAAAGCAGCGUUAUGGGUUCAUUCCUUGGCGCAUGGGACAAUUCCAUCAUACUUACUUUCCCCUUCAAAACUUGGAAGUGGUUCUCCACCGUCAUCAAUCCCCGAAAAUUCAAUCACCUGAACGACCAAUAUCGCAUAAUCCCUCCCCUGAACGUUCAUCUACGCCAAUAGAAGAAAUUUC